AUGAUGCCCCAGAAGAAGAAGAAGAGGAAGAAAGACAUCGACUUUCUUGGCCUGUAUGAGGAGGAGCUGCUGAACUACGCCUCAGAGGAUGACGAGGACGAGCUGCAGCACGAGUACUACAAGGCCAAGGUGUAUGAGGUGGUCACAGCCACAGGGGAUGUUCGUGGUGCAGGGACAGAUGCCAAUGUCUUCAUCACAAUUUUUGGAGAGAAUGGGCUGUCUCCUAAGCUCCAUCUCACCAGCAAGAGUGAAUCUGCCUUUGAGAAGGCCAAUGUUGAUGUGUUCCGGGUAAGAACCAACAAUGUGGGCCUCAUCUAUAAAAUCAGGAUUGAGCAUGACAACACAGGCUUGAACGCCAGCUGGUACCUGGACCGUGUGAUUGUGACUGACAUGAAGAGGCCUCAUCUCCGUUACUACUUCAACUGUACCAACUGGCUGAGCAAGAUAGAAGGUGACCGCCAAUGGUGUCGUGACCUGCUGGCCAGCUUCAACCCCAUGGACAUGCCCAGAGGUAACAAGUAUGAAAUCAAGGUGUAUACCGGCGAUGUACUGGGUGCAGGGACAGAUGCUGAUGUCUUCAUCAAUAUCUUUGGUGAAUAUGGAGACACAGGGGAGCGUAGGCUGGAAAAUGAAAAGGACAACUUUGAAAAGGGAGCUGAAGACAAGUUCAUGUUGGAUGCCCCAGAUUUGGGGCAGCUGAUCAAGAUCAAUGUGGGCCACAACAACAAAGGAGGGUCUGCUGGUUGGUUCCUGUCAAAGAUUGUCAUUGAAGACAUUGGGAACAAAAGGAAAUAUGACUUCCCCCUGAACCGCUGGCUGGCCUUGGAUGAAGAUGAUGGAAAAAUCCAAAGGGAUAUCUUAGUGGGUGGAGCUGAGACCACAGCUAUUACUUAUAUUGUCACUGUCUUCACUGGGGAUAUGCGAGGAGCUGGGACCAAAUCCAAAAUCUACUUGGUUAUGUAUGGAGCCAGAGGGAAGAAAAACAGUGGAAAGAUCUUCUUGGAGGGUGGUGUGUUUGACCGAGGCCGCACAGACAUCUUUCACAUCGAGCUGGCAGUGCUCCUCAGCCCUCUGAGUCGAGUCUCCAUUGGACAUGGAAACGUGGGUGUCAACAGAGGCUGGUACUGCGAGAAGGUGGUGAUUCUGUGUCCCUUCACUGGCAUCCAGCAGACUUUCCCCUGCAGCAACUGGCUAGAUGAGAAGAAAGCAGAUGGACUGAUCGAGAGGCAGCUCUAUGAGAUGGUAUCCCUGAGGAAGAAGCGGCUGAAAAAAUUUCCAUGGUCUCUGUGGGUCUGGACAACUGACCUGAAGAAAGCUGGUACCAACUCGCCCAUCUUCAUCCAGAUUUAUGGGCAGAAGGGGCGGACAGAUGAGAUUCUCCUGAAUCCCAACAACAAGUGGUUCAAACCAGGUGUAAUUGAGAAAUUCAGGAUUGAGCUCCCAGAUCUGGGCAGAUUUUAUAAGAUUCGAGCAUGGCACGAUAGAAGGAAUCCUGGUUCUGGAUGGCAUUUAGAAAGGAUGACCCUGAUGAACACUCUGAAUAAGGACAAAUAUAACUUCAAUUGCAAUCGCUGGCUGGAUGCCAAUGAGGAUGACAAUGAGAUUGUGAGAGAAAUGACUGCAGAGGGCCCAACAGUGCGGAGGAUAAUGGGCAUGGCCCGGUACCGCGUGACAGUGUGCACAGGAGAAUUUGAAGGUGCGGGGACUGACGCGAACGUGUAUCUCUGCCUUUAUGGUGACGUGGGGGACACAGGGGAACGGCUGCUCUACAACUGCCGGAAUAACACCGACCUGUUUGAGAAGGGCAAUGCAGAUGAGUUCACCAUCGAGUCUGUCACCUUGCGGAAAGUGAGGCGAGUAAGAAUCAGACACGAUGGCAAAGGCUCAGGCAGUGGCUGGUACCUGGACCGAGUACUAGUGCGAGAGGAGGGGCAGCCAGAGAGUGACAACGUGGAGUUCCCAUGUCUCAGGUGGUUGGACAAGGAUAAGGAUGAUGGGCAGCUGGUCCGAGAGCUGCUACCGAGUGACAGCAACGCUACACUCAAGAACUUCCGCUACCACAUCAGUGUGAAGACUGGGGACGUGCCUGGGGCCAGCACUGAUUCUCAGGUCUACAUAAAGCUCUAUGGGGACAAAUCUGACACCAUCAAGCAAAUUCUUCUUGUCUCUGACAACAACCUCAAGGACUAUUUUGAACGUGGCCGGGUGGAUGAGUUCACCCUUGAGACCCUGAACAUCGGAACUAUCAACCGGCUGGUGAUCGGGCAUGACAGCACGGGCCUGCAUGCAAGCUGGUUCCUGGGCAGUGUUCAGAUUCGUGUGCCCCGUCAAGGCAAACAGUACACCUUCCCUGCAAACCGCUGGCUGGACAAGAACAAGGCUGAUGGGCGUCUGGAGGUGGAGCUCUACCCCAGCGAAGUUGUGGAGAUCCAGAAAUUGGUCCACUAUGAGGUUGAGAUCUGGACUGGGGAUGUGGGUGGUGCAGGCACCACUGCCAGAGUCUACAUGCAGAUCUAUGGUGAAGAAGGCAAGACCGAAGUACUCUCCCUCUCCAGCCGCUCCAAAGUGUUUGAUCGGGGAUCCAAGGAUGUGUUCCAGCUGGAGGCGGUGGAUGUGGGCGAAAUCUACAAGAUUCGGCUGUGGCACACAGGAGAUGGCUUUGGGCCCAGCUGGUUUGUGGAUAUGGUAUGGCUGCGGCACCUGGUGGUGCAAGAGGAGGACCUGACACCUGAGGAAGAGGCCCGGAGGAAGAAGGAAAAGGACAAACUGCGGCAGGUGCUCAAGAAGGAGCGACUGAAGGCAAAGCUGCAGAGGAAAAAGAAGAAAAAGAAGAAGGGCAGCGAUGAGGAGGACGAGGGUGAGGAAGAGGAGUCCUCGUCGGAAGAGUCCUCGUCUGAAGAGGAGGAAGAGGAAGAGACUGAGGAGGAGGAGGAAGAGGAAGAGUUUGGGCCAGGGAUGCAGGAAGUGAUUGAGCAAUACAAGUUCGAAGUCCACCGCUGGCUGGCCCGGGGCAAGGAGGACAAUGAGCUUGUCGUGGAGCUGGUGCCAGCAGGCCGGCCGGGUCCUGAGCCCAAUACCUACGAGGUCCAAGUGAUCACAGGGAAUGUGCCCAAAGCUGGCACUGAUGCCAAUGUGUAUCUGACAAUCUACGGUGAGGAGUAUGGGGACACAGGCGAGCGACCCCUGAAGAAAUCAGACAAGUCCAACAAGUUUGAGCAGGGGCAGACAGACACCUUCACCAUCUAUGCUAUUGACCUGGGAGCUCUGACCAAGAUACGUAUUCGCCAUGACAAUACAGGCAACAGACCAGGCUGGUUCCUGGACAGAAUAGACAUCACCGACAUGAACAGUGAGACCACGUAUUACUUCCCGUGCCAACGCUGGCUAGCAGUGGAAGAGGAUGAUGGCCAACUGUCCAGGGAGCUGUUGCCAGUGGAUGAGUCCUAUAUAUUUCCCAGUGAGGAUGAGGAGAGUGGAGGACAUGGUGACAAUAACCCCCUUGACAACCUGGCCCUGGAGCAGAAAGAUAAAUUGACCACAUUCUCAGUAACCAUAAAGACUGGGGACAAGAAGAAUGCAGGCACAGAUGCCAACGUCUUCAUCACACUCUUUGGCACGCAAGAUGACACUGGAAUAACCCUCAUGAAGUCCUCCAAGACAAACAGUGACAAAUUUGAAAGGGACAGUAUUGAAAUCUUCACGGUGGAGACGCUGGAGCUGGGGGAUCUGUGGAAAGUCAGAAUCGGCCAUGACAACUCAGGGAAGGCUCCGGGCUGGUUUGUAGACUGGGUGGAGGUGGAUGCCCCAUCUCUUGGAAAGUGCAUGACAUUUCCCUGUGGCCGCUGGCUGGCCAAGAAUGAAGACGAUGGGGCGAUCAUCAGGGACCUCUUCCACGCAGAGCUUCAGACAAGGCGAUACACACCAUUUGUGCCUUAUGAGAUCAUCCUCUACACAAGUGAUGUCUUUGCUGCCGGAACAGAUGCCAACAUCUUCAUUGUCAUCUAUGGCUGUGACGCCGUGUGCACUCGGGAGAAGUUCCUGUGCACCAACAAGAGGGAGCAGAAGCUGUUCUUUGAAAGAAAAUCUGCCUCCCGCUUCAUUGUAGAGUUAGAAGAUGUGGGAGAAAUCAUUGAAAAAAUUCGGAUUGGCCAUGAUAAUACGGGCAUAAAUCCUGGGUGGCACUGCUCCCACGUGGACAUCCGCAGGCUCCUCCCAGACAAAGAUGGUACAGAGACCUUGACUUUCCCAUGUGAUCGAUGGCUUGCCACUUCUGAGGAUGACAAGAAGACCAUUCGAGAACUGGUCCCUUACGACAUCUUCACUGAGAAAUACAUGAAAGAUGGGUCCUUACGGCAAGUCUACAAAGAAGUGGAGGAGCCUCUAGACAUUGUGCUGUACUCGGUGCAGAUUUUCACAGGGAAUGUUCCUGGGGCAGGCACGGAUGCCAAGGUCUACAUCACCAUCUACGGGGACCUGGGGGACACUGGAGAGCGGUACCUUGGCAAAUCCGAAAACCGCACCAACAAGUUCGAGAGAGGCACGGCCGACACCUUCAUAAUCGAGGCUGCUGACCUGGGUGUCAUCUACAAAAUCAAGCUCCGCCAUGACAACACCAAGUGGUGUGCAGACUGGUAUGUGGAGAAGGUGGAGAUCUGGAAUGACACCAAUGAGGACGAGUUCCUAUUCCUGUGCGGGCGCUGGCUGUCCCUGAAGAAAGAGGAUGGGCGGUUGGAGAGACUCUUUUAUGAGAAGGAGUACACUGGGGACCGCAGUAGCAAUUGCAGCAGCCCCGCUGACUUCUGGGAAAUUGCUCUGAGCUCCAAGAUGGCUGACGUGGACAUUGCCACAGUGACAGGGCCUAUGGUCGACUAUGUUCAGGAUGGCCCAGUUAUUCCCUACUAUGUGUCGGUCACCACCGGGAAGCACAAGGACGCGGCCACCGACAGCCGGGCCUACGUCAUCCUGAUUGGGGAGGAGGAUGAGCACAGCAACCGCAUCUGGCUGGACUACCCCCAGGGGAAGAGGGGCUUUGCCUGCGGCUCCGUGGAGGAGUUCUACGUUGGAGGCUUGGACGUGGGUGUCAUCAAGAAAAUAGAGCUGGGCCAUGAUGGGGCCUCCCCUGAGAGCUGCUGGCUGGUGGAGGAGCUGUGUCUGGCGGUGCCAACCCAGGGCACCAAGUACACGGUGCGCUGCAACUGCUGGCUUGCCAAGGACCGAGGCGAUGGUGUCACCUCCCGAGUCUUUGACCUUUUGGAUGCCUUGGUGGUGAACAUUGGGGUGAAGGUGCUUUAUGAAAUGACAGUGUGGACAGGUGAUGUGGUCGGCGGGGGCACUGACUCCAACAUCUUUAUGACCCUCUAUGGCAUCAACGGGAGUACAGAAGAGGUGCAGCUGGACAAAAAGAAGGCCAGGUUCGAGCGGGAACAGAAUGACACCUUCAUCAUGGAGAUCCUGGACAUUGCUCCCUUCACCAAGAUGCGAAUCCGCAUCGAUGGCCUGGGCAGCCGGCCUGAGUGGUUCCUGGAGAGGAUCCUGCUGAAGAACAUGAGCACUGGAGACCUGACCAUGUUCUACUACGGAGACUGGCUGUCACAGCGGAAGGGCAAAAAGACACUAGUGUGCGAGAUGUGUGCUGUCAUUGAUGAGGAGGAGAUGAUGGAGUGGACAUCCUAUACCGUCACGGUGAAGACCAGCGAUGUCCUGGGAGCAGGCACCGAUGCCAACGUGUUCAUCAUCAUCUUUGGGGAGAACGGAGACAGUGGAACCCUGGCCCUGAAGCAGUCAGCCAACUGGAACAAGUUUGAGCGAAACAACACAGACACAUUCAAUUUCUCUGACAUGCUGAGCUUAGGCCACCUCUGCAAGCUGCGGAUCUGGCAUGACAACAAAGGGAUAUUUCCUGGCUGGCACCUGAGCUAUGUCGAUGUAAAGGACAACUCCCGUGAUGAGACCUUCCGCUUCCAGUGUGACCGCUGGCUCUCCAAGAGUGAGGGCGACAGGCAGACAGUUCGUGACAUUCCAUGUGCUAACAACGAGAUCCGAGAAGAGCUGGAGGAGACCACCUACGAGAUCGUCAUAGAAACGGGCAACGGGGGAGAAACCAGGGAGAACGUCUGGCUCAUCCUGGAGGGCAGAAAAAACCGCUCCAAAGAGUUUCUUGUGGAAAAUUCUUCCAGACCUUCAGAAAGGGCCUUCAGAAAAGGGACUACAGACACAUUUGAGUUUGACAGCAUCUAUUUAGGGGACAUUGCCUCCAUCUGCGUGGGUCACCUGGCCAGGGAGGACCGCUUCAUCCCCAAGAGAGAGCUGGUCUGGCAUGUCAAGACCAUCACCAUCACCGAGAUGGAGUACAACAAUGUGUACUUCUUUAACUGCGACUGCCUCAUCCCUCUCAAGAGGAAGAGGAAAUACUUCAAGGUGUUUGAGGUUACCAAGACAACAGAGAGCUUCGCCAGCAAGAUCCAGAGCUUGGUCCCCGUCAAGUACGAGGUCAUUGUGACUACAGGCUAUGAGCCAGGGGCAGGUACUGAUGCCAAUGUCUUUGUGACCAUCUUUGGGGCCAAUGGGGACACAGGCAAGCGGGAGCUGAAGCAGAAAAUGUGCAACCUCUUCGAGCGGGGCAGCACUGACCGCUUCUUCCUGGACACACUGGAGCUAGGCGAGCUGCGCAAGGUACGACUGGAACAUGAUGGCAGUGGCUACUUCUCGGGCUGGCUGGUGGACAAGGUGGAGGUCACCAACACCAGCACUGGAGUGGCCACUAUCUUCACCUGUGGCAGGUGGCUGGACAAGAACAGGGGGGAUGGACUUACCUGGAGAGACCUCUUCCCUUCUGUGUGAGAGGCAAGGGCUUGGCCAAAGCUUCCUGCGUGCACCUUGGUGUUCAGGCAAGACUUCCUGAGACUUCCAGGGGCAGAGACCAGGGACCAGCAGUCCACUUAAGAACCUCCUGACCUUUAAGAGGCAACUACUUGUGUGGGUGAUUAUCUGUGGGGAUUUGCUUCCAAUCUGUUGAAUGUAUAACAAUCGUAAUUAGCAUGUAUCAUACUCUGUGACUGCUCAAAAGUAUCCUAUUGCAUUUCCUUUCCAUGCAAUAAGAAUGGUGGCCAGGAUGGAUGGAAAAGUGGGGCUCCUCUCCCAGGGGAGAGAAGUGGGGAAGGAGAAGCCAUCAAGAUGGUAUAUUUUAAGCAAAAUCUAAUUAACACUUUUUUUUCCCAAAAAGCUGGGCUAAUUAUUAUCAACCACACCCCACAAAGAACUCAUCAUAGCAUCUGCUCACUGACAAAUGUAUGCUUUUCCCUUGAGUCAAUAAAUCAAGUGGCAAAUGGAGAAAAGUAUCAAGAGGAAGCGUUUUGGGAGAUUUAUGAGCCUGUGGGAAGUAGAUAAUUUUUCUGCCACUGUAAAGUGAACACGUGGGUAAGGAGCUGCUGGUUAGCCCUGAUGCAACUGAGACAGGCACAAGGGGAUGGAAGCAGCACCUGCAACAGCCCAGCCUCUACUAGUGUGAGCCAGGAGGGCUAGUUCACCCAUGAUGCCUGUGGCUCUCCGAGGGCAGAUUUGAACUGAAAGAAGAGGGGAUCAGAUACAAAACAGACACGGUCUCUGCCCUCAUGAAGGACACGACCUUGAUGGAGAAGCAUACGAAGCACAUACUUGUGCAUGCACAAGAAUACACACACACACAAGCACAUUCACAUAUGCACCCUCAUACAUGUAUACACAGAUGGACACGGGUAUACAUACUUUCCCUGGUCAACUGUCACAGACUCAGGUAAAACUCAGGCAGAGCUCAGUCUCUGACUUCUGCUUUCCUGCAGGCAGCAGGACAGCAAGAAUGAGAGCCACGUGGGGAGUCUCCCUCCAGUAAGAUGCCUGUUCUAGCUUCUGCAGCACAGCAGUACUACCUGGGCUCUCUACCCUAGACUGAUCUGCACUUUUAGUGAGGCUCUGUGACUCUGGGGACAAGAGGCUCU